AUGUGGUAAUAAUGAUUAAAUAUAAGUGAGUUAAAAUUUUUCAUGAAAAAUAUGAUAAGAAAAUAUGAUGAACAAAUGGAAUCAACAUUCCUUUCAUAACAUGUGGGUUAGAUUUUUAGUUAAAAUAGUUAGAAUGGAACGAUUGAAAGAAUGAAAAUUAUAAACAAUUUCACUAAUCACUCACAAUUAAUAAUACAAAUUUCAUUCCAUUCUCCACUCUUUCCAUUCCAUGAAGUGAACACAACCUGAAUCUAUGAGUCCUGCCCGCCACUCAUCAAUGGUACUUUGAUUUUCUAUUUGAGUAGUGUUUACAUCCACAAAAUUGGAUACAAAUUUUUGCACAAAAUCAUGAUAAUUGAGAUGAGAUGUUUUAAUUGGUGCCGGUAAUGCAUAUACAAGGGCCCAAUUCUAAUAAAAACUUAACACAUACUCAUUUUUGUGUAUGAUUUUAUACCCGAUUUUGUGCAUGAAGCAUCGUCCUCUUUAUUUUCCACACACCAGAUUCUUUGCUUCACAUAAUUACAGCGUAUUAAUAUUGCAGCACAUAUUUUACUUCUGUGUUAAGCUCUCGUACCUCUAUCUCUUCAAACCUUGUGUUACAGGCUGUUUUAUUUGACCUUGUACUCUAUUGUGACUCUGGGAGAGUUUGAAUUUCUAACAAUAACACAAAUAUAUCUGAAGAUCAACUUUACUUAGUUUGGUGAUAACUUGAGUUUGUCUUCGGCACCCCUAUCGGGACAAGCAAUUUGUGGAAAUUGCACAUGGGGGAAUGCCUUCUUAAAGUUCGGUGCUUGUGUUAUUUCAUUCAUACGAGAGACUCAAUUCUGUGAUGGCUGCCUCAAGCACAGAGCCUAAGGAUUUGUCAACUGCUAUUCUUAUAAGGGUUGAUCAAUCAGGACAUGGAGAUUUCAGAAAGAUACAGGAUGCAAUUGAUGCUGUUCCAUCUAACAACUCAGACCUUUAUUACAUUUGGGUUAAGCCUGGAACAUACAGAGAAAAAAUUGUUGUUCCAGCGGAUAAACCUUACAUAACUUUGAGUGGCACAGAGGCAUCAACCACCAUUAUAACCCGGAGCGAAGCUGGAGAGAUUUAUGAUACUCCAACACUCUCUGUAUUAGCCUCUGACUUUGUGGGAAGAUAUCUCACAAUUCAGAAUGCAUACGAGGGAAAUGGUAAAGCUGUUGCACUAAGGGUAUCAGGAGAUAGAGCUGCAAUCUAUAGUUGCAGGAUACUGUCUCAUCAGGACACACUGCUGGAUGAUGCUGGGAGACAUUAUUACAAGAACUGUUACAUUGAAGGAAGUGUUGAUUUUAUAUGUGGAAAUGCUGCAUCCCUGUUUGAAAGGUGUCAUAUGCAUUCACUAGCAGAACGGACCGGAUGGGUAACUGCCCAACAUAGGGCUUCACCAACGGAGAACACGGGAUACACAUUUUUAGGUUGUAAGAUUACCGGGAUUGGAGCAACUCUACUUGGAAGGCCCUGGGGUGCUUAUUCUAGAGUUGUUUUUGCUUUAACUUAUCUGUCAAGUGUAAUACAGCCAGAGGGAUGGAAUGACUGGGGUGAUCCAAGCAACCAGAGGACUGCAUUCUUCGGGGAAUACAAGUGCUAUGGACCCGGAGCAGAUAGAUCAAAGAGGGUUACAUGGUCUCACAGCCUGUCAAAAGAAGAAGCUGCACCUUUUCUUAGUAAAGGCUUGAUUGGAGGUGGUGCUUGGCUCAGAAUCUCUCCUAUCCAUUUCAGAAAAAGGCCUGCUCCAGCUACUACAGUGGAAGCUGAUAGCUGAUGAAAAUAACUAAAUUAUGUACACUCCUGAUUGUGCUGUGGCCAUCAGUUUAUGGCAUCUCAUUUCAUUAUUUCUUGAUAUUUCAAUAUAUUGUAUUAUUGUUAUCAAACAUUUCCUUGCAAGUUCAUGAAACUAAGUGGGUGUU